UUAUAUGCAUUUCUUGAAGUUAUAGAAGCAGAGAGUGGAGGAACCUCUCUGACGUCGGUAAUAAAUUGUACAACAUACAAUGAAUAAAAAUUGCCUGUGACUAACAUUACGCACACACAGAGGGCGCCACAAAUUAUAAUUUAUCCUAACAAGUAUGUUGCAAUUUGUCGCGGUCAAAGUCCGUUGGUUUUUGGUAAUGUUUACGUUUAAUACGUGUGGUAUCUUGCCGAGAUAGGAACGAUUGCGGAAUAAUAAAGGAACAAUAAAGAAGAAAAAGAAUAAGAAAUUCAUGUGUAAGAAACGUAGAUGAGAAGCGUGAAGGCAGUUAUUUGGACUGCAGACAUGACGUCGAAUUUUUACGGGAAAGUCGUUAGCGGGGACUCGUCGACGGAGGCCCAUAUGUUCAAGAUUCUAUGCGUGGGACGCGCUUGUCUCGAUAUCGUUCAAAUGUGCGUACAAUUUCCUUCGGAGGAUUCCUGUCAGAGAUCUACUGAUUACAGAUGGCAAAGGGGGGGCAAUGCAUCCAACACUUGCACUGUGCUAUCGUUAAUAGGACAGCCGUGUGAGCUGCUGGCUUGCUUGAGCACAGAUGAGCAUUCUAACUUUCUGCAAAGUGAUCUACGCAAAUACAAAAUUGACUAUUCCCAUUGUCCUAUGAUAAAAGAUAUUGGGUGUCCCGUCGCAACUAUUAUAUUGAGUUCAAGCACUGGGUCUCGUACAAUUCUAUACAACAAUCAAGGUUUCCCCGAGUUAACGUUAAAAAAUUUUGAGCAACUUAAUUUAGAGGAAUAUAGUUGGAUUCAUUUUGAGGGAAGGAAUGUAGAUGAAGUGUUGCUUAUGAUACAGCGUAUAGAGAAUUAUAAUAACUCAUUAAAUUGCACACGUGAUUGCGCUACUAAAAAUCGUAUACCAAUUACAAUUAGUGUAGAAUUGGAAAGUCCAAGAGCAGGUCCCAGGUUAUUGGAACUAUUGCCGUACGUUGAUGUAGCAUUUGUAGCAAAAGAAUUCGCUACAAAUUUGGGUUUUGAUAAUAUGGAUGAAGUAAUACAUAACAUCGGCCGAGACUUUAAAGAAACCAUUAUUUCUGCUUGGGCAGAGCAAGGUGCAACUGCUCGUACUCCAUGUGGCGCAAUAAUACGAUCGCCAGCUUUCCCACCGCAUAAGGUAAUCGAUACUUUAGGUGCAGGUGACACAUUUAAUGCAGCUGUACUGUAUUAUUUGAACAAGAGCAAAAUUGAGUUCAUGCAUAAAUAUAAAGAAGACGAAGUUUACAUGAAUGAUCUGAAUCAAACAAACGAUAAUACCUUUGAUAAUGGUAUUGCUAUUAAACAACAGAUUAACAAAAAUUUAGGUAUAGAAAAUUUGGAAUGCAAUCGAGCGAAAUUUAUUAAUGAAAUAGUUUUGCAAAAAGCUAUCAAAUUUGCGUGCCGUCUUGCUGGUGCAAAAGUAGGAUUAAGAGGAUAUGAUAACCUUGAUACAAUUUCUAAUGAUAUUUUACACGAUUGAAUUUUUCAGAACAUUGACAGAAUAUGUUUUUAUAUUUCUUUUAUAUAUAUGUUAUUAGAGUAUUAAGAAUAACAUCAAAUGUAUUAUAAUGUAAUUUGUACAUUUUGCAUGUUUUCAUGUAAUAUCUUAUAUAUAAAUAUAUUUUAUUAUAUAUUAUAUAUAAUAUCUAAUAUAUAACAAAAUAUACUUUUUAUAAAAU